AUGGGUGUUCGAAAGUUACCUGACGUGAGUGGUUUGGCCCAGUGUGCUGAAUUGUGUUGGCAGCUUCGUGGUGAAGCUGAUAAGCGACAAGUUCCUGGUGCGGUUGUUGGUUUACAGCAUAAUAUCGGACUCGGUGGUGCUGUCGUGGUUGCGCUUUAUCAGCUCGGUUUCCCAGCAAGUAAAAAUUCAGCGAAGAUGGCUGUAGAAGAUGAACCAAAGGCGGAAGAAUUCGCUGCGAACAAAGUCUUCACCGAAAUCACCAAAGCUCUCGAAGAAGAAGGCGAGAAGUACGUCAAGAAAAUUCGCGGGAAAUUCCUUUUCAAAGUGCGAAAUCGCAAUGGGAAGGAAGGCUAUUGGCUAGUCAAUUGCAAAGAUGGCAAUGGGUCCGUUACCUUUGGGAAAGGUUCUGCGGACUGCACCCUUGUUUUGGAUGAUGCUGACUUGGUGGACCUCAUGAUGGGAAAGGGGAAACUCAAAGUUCAAGGAAACCUUGGACUUGCCAUGAAACUGGAAAGUUUGCAGAAGGAGUCUGCUUCAAGGUUGUCGACGAUCCGAGCGAAACUUUGAAUGAUUAAAAUUCCAAGCGUUUAAAAUUGAAUGAUCAGCGAUUUUUUUUUUCGUUCUUCGCGUUAUUCCUAGUCUUUCAACGACUCUAUCGUGGGAUGAAGUGAAUCGUCGGUUUCAGUGCCGUUUUUUUUCCCCUGUUCAUGGGCAAUUAAGGAUAUUUUGCAUUUGUUGGUGAUUUUGUGAUGGGAACCUUCGUGUUUCGGUCGCCUCGGACAAACAUUUAUGGUGUUUUUGGACUUUGGAACGUAUAUGGGAUACAACAACUACGAAAAACAGGAAGAAGAAAAA